AGAGACCAAUACAAGAAUCAGUCUUCAGUCUACGAGUACUUUGUAUAACAUUCAGUCCUUCAGUCUUGUCCGCACCACUGCCGUGGCAACAUGUGCCGUCAGUCGCUGUUCCAAAUAUAUAUCGCACGAAACUUUCGCAUACCGGGGUCGCGUGAUUUGCGUGCUUAAAAAGUAACGACUCGAAAUAAAAUAUUGUAGUGGUGGAAUCAAAUAAAUGGGCAAAAUGUUAUAGUGAUGGUCAACUUUAUGAAACUUUCAGCAAGGUCCCCAUCAGAUGCUGGCACGCCAUGCAUGGUGCGGCCAGUGACCCCGUGACGUCAUGUGCCAGGGAAUGAAGGUGCAAUGGGAGGCCGAGGCGCUGAUGGGGUCGCCGCCGCCGGAGCCCGGCUGGCGGCGGUUCUGCCCGCGCGCCGCCCUGUCUCAUGUCGGGCUGCUGGUGGCCCUGAUGCUGUAUACUGCUGGUGGGGGACUGGUGUUCAGAGCCCUGGAGUAUCCGGCGGAAGUGGCGAAGCAGGAGUACUACCGGCAACGCCUGAUGGAGGAGCGGGAGAGCCUACUGGCGUUCGUGGCGCAGAGCGGCGCCGGGAACGCCAGCGACAGCUAUAGCGUCAAGGACGUGCUUAGCGAUCAUCUUGCUGCUUAUGAACGGGUAUUAGAGGAGGCAUCAUCCAGCGGGCUGGCGUUGGAGGUGGGCCGGGACUUCCCCCCCGUGGAGGAGAAGUGGAGCACAGUGCAGGCCGUGUUCUUCUCCUCCACCGUCCUCACCACUAUAGGAUACGGCAACGUGGUACCAGAAACGUUUUGGGGGAGGCUAUUCUGCAUUGCGUACGCGCUAGUCGGCAUCCCGCUGACUCUGACUGUGAUAGCGGACUUGGGUCGCGUCUUCGCUACAGUGGUGUCGGUGCUUGCCAAACAAAUGCCUGCUAUGCCCCGCUGCUGCAGCCGAGUAUCAGAGGUGAACCCGACGGGCCAGCGCUCGCUUUACGCCGUGUGGGGGGUGGGGUUCCUAUUCGUGUACCUGUCCGCUGGCGCUGGACUCUUCAAGAUGUGGGAGGAGGACUGGACCUUCUUUGACGGCUUCUACUUCUGUUUCAUCACGAUGACUACAAUAGGGUUCGGGGAUAUUGUUCCAAGGCCCAAGAAAGAGAAACCCAACUACAUGCUGCUCUGCACGCUCUACAUCCUGAUCGGGCUGGCGCUCACCUCCACCAUCAUCGAGCUGGUGCGGCGGCAGUACGCGCGCUCGUGGCAGCAGCUGCGCGCCCUGUCGGGGCCGCUGGCUGACACCCUGCGCCGGCUGGGCGACGCCGGCCGCGGGGUCGACGUGUCAGCCCUGCACGAUCUGAGGAAGGUGCUUACUGUGGUGACGAUGCCGCGGAUGAACAAGGACGGCAUGACCGACAAGCGGCAGCUGGAGUGGGAGGCGGCGGUGGAGGCGGCCAUCAGGAACAUCACCGCUCCGGCCGAGAAGCCGCCCAUCGUCCAGAUCGUCAUCUACGAGUCUUCCGUGUAGAGAGCAAGACCAUCUGAAGCUAUAGGCCAGUCGGCAAGCACAGAGAAAAUCGAACAUUGACCUUUGCAUCUCUGCCGCUGGCCAUCAAGGUUACUGUGCGAGCUUGAGGGCACUAUAAGUAUGAGCGUGCGACAGAGACGAAUAUAAUAAGGGCAAUGCCCGUUUUUCGCUGUGCUUAGCGACCGUACUUUAGCUACGAAACAUUAACCAAUAGGCAAAAUGCAACUGUAAGACGUUUCGUCGUUCCCGUCUUGCGACCAACUUCAGACACGCACACUUAUCUUGCUAGCAGAAUUUUGUAUAAGUAACCUCUCACGUGCAAUAAGGGAGGAUGCCCCUUGAGGGAAUGUCCGUAGGUACCUCGAGUGUGGGUUCCAUAUUUAACCUAGCCCUGUAGCACAG